UAUACGACGCUAUAUUGAAAAAUAAAGCUGUAUCGAUUACGCUCGAGAGACAUGCGCAGACAACUGUUGAACGGUUCUAUCGGGCUCUAUCGUCCCGUUGUCGUUCAUCUCGCUCUGGGCGUUCCGUCGGCCCGGCGGCUGGCGAUGAUUGGUCACUCGCCCCCGCCGCAUCCCGGUUCUUUGUCCUCUAGGCUGCGGGGGGUGAGGAGAGCGAUAUUCAUAGAUUUCUGAAAGUCGGAAGACGCGCAAUCCGCUCAGUCCGCUCGCAUUUCCAGUCCCUGUCGGUCUGCUGUCGGUGUUCAUAUUAUUAUUGUUUUAGAAUCGAUUGUACGGUCAUAAUAUAGACUAAUAUAGACGAUAAUAGCUAGCUACGGUUUAUCUUGUCCCUCAAUUCACACGGUAUCCGCACCGCCGCCAUUUGUCGUUGACGAGACUUCGUUUACGCUAUUUUACGGUGUGCCGAUUGCCGACGCCAUUAAACGCCGAGCGCGCCGUCCGGGCUCCGGUGGCCAGUAUUGCGUAAUCGAACCACUCCACCGCCGUCGACCACUAGCGCAACUAGGCACAGAAUAUCCUGAAAGUUUUUCGUAUUCCUCACUGCUGGCUCGCUCGCUACAUUUCACUGGAACCGCCUGUCAUACCUAUACCUAAUACGUACACUGUAUAGGUAUCUCGUGACGUAAAGUACUGAAGAACCUACAUUGGAAGUUAACGCAAAUACCUUACCGCCUACUUACUCGACUUGUGCACAAAUCGAGACCCAGUGUAUUGCAGUUCUAUACACACUAAUUUACAAUGGCGGAUCGUGAGGUGGUUCAGGAUGAGGAAGAAGUAAUAUUGGACCUUGGAGGUAACGAGGACAUGGACCUCAUUCAAUUCUUUAUCGAUAAUAAAAACAAAAAAAUAAUCCCCAGGUACCCAGAUAGUUAUUGUCCCUCAUUUGAAGACAAUAAUACUACAAAAGUUGAUCAGGACGAAAAAUCAAAUCCAUAUGAGAUUAAUCUAUCGACUCCGAAAGAAAAUUAUAAAACGAUUUUAAAAUGGGCAGUCAUUCCUGAAACAGGUAUUCCUAAAUUUGUUUUUAAUUAUAGAAGUAUAUUUUAUUUGUUAUAUAUUGUAUGAUUCUCUAUAGUUAUGAAUACAGGG